AUGAUAAACAUUUUAUCAGUUGACAACUUUUCAAUAUCUUUUGAAGGAAGUGAGAUGUGUAGGCUCAAAGUGGACGGUGCGGGUAGCGUUCUAUUUGUAUUUGGAUCGUUAUCCGUGUCUAUGUUAAAGGGUACCAUCAUUGAUUGUUUGGGACCAGAGCGUUCAGCCGCCGUGGCAUCAAGAGGAAAAUGGUGUGGAUGUCUAUCAGGAACGAGCCAUGGAAAUCAUGGCUUCCCGCAAUGGUGCUGUUCCAAUCAAAAGAAGUGUAUUGAAUCCCGAGUACAGCCCAGACAUGAUGUACAAUAUCGAGUUGGGGAUCAUUCAGUUACCUCCUCUUCCUAA